AUGGCUUCACAUAGCGACAUUCAUGCACUCAUCGAUCCAAAUCUCAGAAAUCGUAUUGAUAAGACCAAAUUCAUCACGUGCACCUUUGAGGCAGCAAACGCGGGAUUGGAUGCAAUACUCGGUGAUGUUGUUGAAGAGUUGAAAAGAUGGAUCGAUGGAUCGGCUCUGGGAGUCGCCUGUGAGUUGCACUGGACUGUCCCCGAGAAGUACAGGAGUCGAAUGCAUGAGUGCAGAUUAAAAGAAGCAGUGCAUCGUGUUUUGCGAGAGAACAACCGAGCUGUUCUAAGAGUUGAAGAUGAAAGUCACGGAUUGAAAGCAUCCGAGGAUCGUUUAGCUGAAUCGAAUACACGAGAGAAUCAAAGAAGAAAUCCGAGAAACGAUUCUUUUGAAGGUGUUUAUCAACGCUGCUACACUCAUUUGUUGCCAUAUUGUCAUCGAGACACGGCUCAUUGGCAUCAUCCGUAUUGGAGUUGGCACAGCUUGGACAGAAAUCAGCCGUUGAUGCCUCGUGCCGAAUUGUUCUCCUCAACAGGAGCGGAUCCGCAUCAUUCGUCAAUCCUCGCUCUUCACAUCGUUUCCCUUCGUCUCCGUCGUCCCCGGGCAAAGGUAAAAGUCGUCGAUAUUGAUGAUAAUCCUCCGGAGUUUGUCGAGAAUAAACAUCAAAUUUUCCGUGUUGAUCUCUCUUCGUUCAACGGGACGAAAAAAAUUGGCAAACUGCUCGCGGUGGAUAAAGAUGAGAGACCGAAUGAUCGCUUCACCUAUCAUCUUAUUCCAGAGUGCAACCCACGACUCAAAACUUUGCUCAAAGUCGAUCAAAAGACUGGCGAUCUUUCUUUGAGUGGAGAGAUUCCAGUCAAUGUACAGGACUUGGAAAUUUUCUGUGCCCUUGUUAGCCCAAUUGAUCACCCUGAUCUCAAUGCGUUGGCCUUUGAUUCCCAAAAUGCUUCGAUGACAAGAUUGCAAGUCAAAUUCUUGAAAGAUGAUCACGAAAAAGCGAUGGCGUUGAAAUUCUACCCAAACAACACCAUUCUUACAAUUGAUCCAGAUUUGGUAAAUCUGAAAUUCCCACUCAUUUCCCCGUAUCAUAUUCCCGAUGGAAUCACGUUUGAACGAGGAAAUGUCGACUUUGAGCCAGCUCUCUAUGCUUCUCCAAUGUCAUCAAAUUGGAGCUCAUCAAUCUUUUCCAUUGAUUCACAAACGGGUGCCCUUCGUGUUUCACCGUUGAUCAUAACUGUCAACGAUCAGGGUAUCUUCAAAAUUUCUGUAAACGCCAUCGAUAAAAAGACUCGUCAGCCGAUUGCCCAAUUCACUCAAAAUGUUCAUCUCAUUGAUGACGAGGAAAAGCUGAAAUUCGUUUUUGAAAUGGGCCCCGCCGAGCUGGCUUACAAUGGAGAAAGAUUGCUUCGGAAACUCGCCGAUGCAUUGAUAUCCGAGGAUCCCGAAAAAGAAAUCGAUAUCGUGGGAGACAAAAUCGAGAAAUAUCCGGGAGAGAAAAUGAGAAGUUCAAUCUGUGUUCAUGCGGCAAAAGAUGGUCGAUUGUUGUCAAGAAAUGAUCUGUUGGGUAUUGUCUCGUCGGCUCUACAAAAAUCUACAUCAUCCCUGCAGAAUCUUUAUCAUAUUUUUAAAGUGAUCAAUGUUGAAUCCUGUGACACUGUUUCCUAUCAACGACCUCUCGAAUCAGCCAAUCCACUUUCGCAAUCGUUUAUGUUAAUGCUAUGUGUGAUCUGUGUGGUUUUGCUUUUCGUCUGGGCUCUUUUUGCCUACUACUGUUUUGUGCAUCGAUAUCGACUGUAUCUCGAUGAAAAACAACGAGCGGCUCAAGGUCUUGACAAGAAAAGCUAUCCAUCAUCAACAUUGCCACCGCCUCCAAUCCCACCCCAUUAUCUGCCAAAUCUACCGCCGAUCUAC